GAGGAGGAGAGUUAGUCUGACUGUUGGUUGCCCACAGCAGUGGUGUGUUGACGGAAAGAGGCCUUGUUUUGUUGUAGUCCUCUGCAGCGUGUGACUGUUCCUCCGCAUCUGACUUUGACAGUCUUGCGUCGAUGGUAACUACAGUCAGACGCUCACCGACUCAGUGAUUUCAGCUACACAAAAGGCUGCAGUAGGCUUAUUAAAUAACUGAAAACAGAUAGAUCACACUUGUUUAGGCGGUAAGGUAAAAAAAAUGGAUGUGGCAGUUGCAGAGGAGCCUCAAAAGAAAGUAUUUCGAGCUAGGAAAACCAUGAAAAUGAGUGACCGUCAGCAACUGGAAUUCCUCCAUAAUUCCCUCCCCUCUUCCUUUUCUACCACCAACACCUCUUCCGUACUCCUACCUCCUUUGGUGAAUGGGAACCAUUCAGAGGAAGACCUCACGGACACUGAGAAAGAGGGGCAAAGUCGCUCCAGUAAUGACAAAAAGGACGGACAUCACACCUCCCCUGUGUCUCCCUCGCCAUCACCCCUUGCACUCUCCCUGUCUUUGUCCCCAUCACCACCUUCUCAAAACUCUGAGAUAAGGACCUGCACUCCACCCACUUCGUCUCAACACAUCUCCCCCACGUCAGCUGUUGGGGAGAAUGAGGAUGUGGGCCGGGGGUCCCCUGUGACUAAUGAAAAGGGGGAAGAAACUGAAGUGAAGAUGGAAAAAGGAGAGAUGAAAAAGAACGGAGAACAGACCGGUUUGCUUGUUGGAGAUAAAGAGGAUGGCCACCUCAAGUCUGACUGGCCUUCAUCACUUCAGGGACUUCCUCUAGGCUUCACAACUUCUCUGAAUUCGCAGGAUAAAGAGACAACAAAGGACAGUAAGAUGAUAUCUGAAGAGGCCAUGGAUACAGCCCCUGCUGCCAUGGUGGCAGAUUACCUGACAGAUGACAAAAGGACUGGUCCAGCUUUGAAUACAACCAUCCCCUCCUCUCCUUCCCUCUCCCCAUCCCAUGCACCAGAGUCUGACCAGGAGGUAAAAGAAGGCUUUCUGGUACUCAGUGAAGAGGAUGAGAAUCAGGCUGAUGGGGAUGAGGAGAAAGAGAAAGAUGCAUCAGUAGAAGAGCAAAAUGGGGAGACAAUGGAGCGAGAGGCAGAGACAAGAUAUGAGGAGCCAGUGGAGGCUUCAGCUGCAUUUUCUUCUUCAUCUCCUCCAUCUACGUCCCCUUUUCCAUUGCUCACAUCCUCAGGAGAGGAGUCUACUAAUGUCCCACAAGGAGUGAAACGUUCUCUGUCAAAAGACACGGCAACAAAUGGACAGCAGGUAGCUGAAGAAAGAGGGGGAAAGAGGCAGAAGGUACAAGGCGAGGAGCUGGAGGCCCAGCUGGAGCUGAAAAUCAGUGCAAACACAGCCCAUCGACACAAACUUGAAAAGGUGGUACAACGGCUGGUGGAGGAGCAGUUACGGGUCCUGCAACUAAGCGUCUUCGACAGGACUCUGCAGGAAUUACGGGAGAGGGUGGAGAAGUUGGAUUGUGCCACCAAGCACCAGCAUAUGCUCAACACACUGCAGGCAAAGAUCACGCGAUUGGCCAAGAAAUUUGGAGCUGCCAACCAGGCCAAGGAGAACGUUAGGAGACCAUUAGAGGUAUCAUCUGCUGCUGUCACUACUUCAGUUUCCUCUGUAAGCAGCACUCCAACAUCACGCAGCGCAGUCAGGAUGACUAUGGAAUCCAAGCAAGCAACUCAGAACCACACUCCAAGUCCUGUCAGUGCCACAGCCUCUCCAGGUUUGUCCAAGUCCCCUUCAACUGCAAGUCCUGUGGUCUCUGCUGCUGUGGCACCAGUUCCAGUCCUCUCACUCGGCUCCACACUGUCAGCAUCCAACUCCACUCCGUCCAGUUCAAAUGUGGCCCCUGUUGCCUCCCAAAACCAGUCUGGAGCCUUGAUGUUGAAACCUCUACCCAGUAAUACCACUUCCCAGGCUGCCUCUGGGUCUACCCCACAGACCCUUCCACUGCUUAUACAGCUACCUCUGACCGUCACCAACACCCAAGGAGGGAGCAUAGUAACAAACCACAGCACUGGGGUUGAACUCUUCCCUGUGACAUCUCUGGCGGCAGUGACCACUGCUAGCAAAGCCAAGACCACUGCGCCUGCCACCACAUUUGUUCUUCAAAAGAAUACCCCAGCGUCCUCCACUCUCCCCCUGACACCGACCCCAACGCUUACGGUGGCCCGGGCUAUAUGUCCAGGGAGCAGCGGGAUUGUCAGCACUCCCAGCUCUGGUGUGUCCAUGUCCUCUGCACGCACUCCAACACAAUCUAUCUCCGUAGUGGGGGUGACCUCAUCCUCCUCGUUACCAGUGACCUCUAAACCUGCUGCCACUGGAGGUCAGUCUACUGGGACUACCACGUGUGGGCCAGUGAUGGUCACUGCAAUGGCUUCAAAAACAGACAAUCAGGCGACAAGCUCCAGUGUAGCAAAGACUCCUGUGCAGGUGACUCGCACCAGUGGCUCUGGGGCAGUGAUAGACUUGACUGAGGAUGAUGAUGAUGUACAAGUAACAGGGGUGAAGAAGGGUCCUGUCCCAUCCAGCCUUGCCAUAGCAGCAACUGCUUCUUCCUCCUCCUCUUCACCUUCUCAACGGCCUGCUGGGGCUCCGCCUCCGCUUAUUAGUGCCACCUCCACCCCCACUGGCGUCACACUGAGGUCCUCUCCUCACACUAAUCAAGUUGGCGGGUCGCAACUAGCUGCUCUCCAUCGCUCUUCCCAGGAUUCCCCAUCAAAGGCUCGUACUGCCAGUGCUACCUCUGCAACAACACCAUCCCCUGUUACCAUUCCCAACCCCCAGACCUCUGGCCUUCCCCCUUUGCCAUCGCCACCCCCAACGACGGGUCGCCUACCUCCUGAGGCAGCACACACUUCCCCUCCACAGCAGCCCCAGCUCAAACUGGCACGAGUGCAGAGCCAGAACGGCAUUGUGCUGUCCUGGUGUGUGUCGGAGACAGAUCGUAGCUGCGCUGCAGUAGACAGCUAUCACCUCUAUGCUUAUCACCAAGACCAUUCAGGCCAGACUGGUUUGGCACCGCUGCAGUCGCAGUGGAAGAAGAUAGGUGAGGUGAAGGCACUCCCAUUGCCCAUGGCUUGCACCCUCACCCAGUUUGUCUCGGGAUCUACAUACUACUUUGCUGUCCGUGCCCGUGAUGUCUAUGGCCGCUUUGGGCCCUUCUGUGAGCCCCAGUGCACAGAUGUGAUCAGCACCACCUCUUCCAACUGAGACUUCUGCUGAGUAAAAGGGUUGGAGACAGCAUGAAAGUGGAGGAUGUACUGUAAGCAUAUCUUGAACUUAAGCAAGGAUUGAUUUACUUACUAUGUCCCAUCUACAGGAAAGAUGUGUGAAACAAAAUGGACUGCUGAUUGUCUUCAUAUACCUCUCAAAGGUUUGGGAGCAUGACAGUGUACAGAAUUACAGUCCUAUAAUGAAAGAAACUGUUCUACUUUGGAAUAAAUUGUCAAAAGGGAAGGUUGGUUAUAAAUACAUUAUAAAUAAUCUGUUUCCAUCUGUAUGUUCUCUAUCAUUUUAUAAAGUAUUAACAUGAAAUGAAAUUUGUAAAAAUCAUUAAAGAAA